UCUUCCCCAGAAGACUUAGUACCAGUUAUUUCGACACCAAAAUAUCAAUUGGUUCACGUCUAUCGCUCUAAAUUAACGUUUUUAAGUCCUGUCUCUAGCGAAGUUGAUGUUCUAUUAGUGAUUGAAUUCCUUCACAGGAUAGUAGAUAUAUUAGCAGAAUACUUUGGUGAAAUGUCUGAGAUCUCAAUCAAAGAUAAUUUUGAUGUCGUUUAUCAGCUUUUGGAGGAAAUGAUGGAUUAUGGUAAUUCUAUUAUUUAUAUUGUUUCAGAUGAUUCUUUAAUGAGUGAAUAA